CCUAAAUGUUGUUCCAAUUGCGGAUUACGAAGGUUGACCGACGAUAAAGUUAAAUGAUCCCUAUGAAAACUCGGAUUAUUUUUAGUAAAUAAAAUUUACAUAUUCAGAAAAUACAUUGAGCCCGCUACAAAGCCUGCAAAAAAUAAUUCAACUUUUAUAAAAUUUUGAUAUAAAAGAUAAGAGUUUAACAGUGAUUUAAGUUGAUCCUCGAUAAGCGAAAUGAAACUACAAAUAGAGCGAGUACUCCGUAUAUACUCUGUGUGACAAACUUUCCUUUAAAUUACUUUUAGUUAGCGUAAGGUGUAGUAAAAAAGUGAAGAAUAGGUUCCAACGUAGGUUGGUGGUAGGCUAACCCACUAGUUGGGGCUAGUUGCGUCCAGCAAACAUUUACCCGAGCAAUGAGACCGACCAAAAUCAUUAUAAAUCAAUCCAAACAUCUCUGUCGCGGCGCCCACGCUCUUACCUUAUUAUUAAGCCUACUUCAAUUAUUAUCUAUCCCUAACUAAUAAAAAAUCAAAAUCCAUUUUUUUGCCAUAUCCGUCCAUCAUUUUCGAACUCAUUUUUACCUCAAAAAAAAAAUGUCCAUCUCCGCCUUCUUCUUCACCGCCGCCGUCUCUUUCUCCCUCUUUCUCCUCCCCGCGCGGCCGCUCCCCACCGCUUCCUCCGACGUUGAAGCUCUCAAGGCUUUCAAAUCUGCCGUAAACUCAUCCACCAUUGCCCCUUACUCCUGCUUGGGUUCCUGGGACUUCGCCGCCGACCCCUGUUCACUCCCCCGCCUCACCCACUUCGUCUGCGGCGUCUCCUGCUCCGGCAACCGAGUCACCGGACUCGUCCUCGAAGGCGCCGGCUAUUCCGGCACCCUCACCCCCGCCAUAUCCAACCUCACCUAUCUCAUCACCCUUGACCUUUCCAACAACAGAUUCUUCGGCCGGAUCCCCGCCUCUCUGUUCUCACUCCCCAAAUUGCAAAAGCUCGUUCUCCGAGGUAACUCGUUCUCCGGCCCAGUCCCGCAGUCCAUCUCCAUGCUCAAAUCUCUGCAGGAGCUGGAUCUCUCCCAGAACUGGCUCUCUGGGUCGCUGCCGGUUUCCAUGAAUUCGCUCCCCAGCCUGAGAAAGCUCGACCUCAGCUACAAUCGACUCACCGGGCCGAUCCCGCCGCUGCCGCCGACCCUGAUUACGAUCGCGAUAAAGGCCAAUUCUUUAUCCGGGUAUUUGCAGAAAUCGUCGUUCAGCGGGUUGACUCAGCUGGAGGUGGUCGAGCUCGGUCACAACUCGUUGGCCGGAAAGGUGGAACCUUGGUUCUUCCAGCUCCCGGCGUUACAGCAGGUCAACUUGUCAAACAACUGCUUCACGGGUCUUACGGUGUGGAAACCGGUGAAAGGUAACAGAGAACUCGUCGCCGUCGAUGUGGGAUUCAACAAAAUUCAGGGCUACCUGCCGGAAAAUUUCGCCUACUAUCCCGGACUGUUGUCUCUGUCUCUGCGGUACAACCGGCUAAGAGGAUCCAUUCCGCCGCAAUACGGGAAGCAGCAGUCGAUAAGGAGGCUGUUCUUGGACGGAAACUUCUUGAAAGGGUCGCCGCCGGCGGGACUGUUCUGGUCCGGUGGGAAAGGUAAUUCGUCAGCCGUUGCCGGAAGCCUGGGAGACAACUGCCUUCAGCAGUGCCCGCGCUCCUCGGAGCUGUGCUGGAAACCUCAGAAACCUGCGUCGAUUUGCCAGGACGUCUAUGGUGGAAAAUUAAGCCAAGAUCUUAGCUAAGCUAUAGUCUAGUGUCAGUCAUUCAAUGUACAAAAGUUUUCGAUUCAAACUUGAAACACGUGCUCGCUCAGUCCCUCUUUUUUCAAAUUGAUUCUUUUCCUGUAUUUCUCCCUUUUUGUUUUAUUUAGAAUAAUGUAUCACGGGCCUGUAAUUUUUGAGUACAUUUUUUUAAUACUCAAGUAUUUUACUAGUAUUAACGGGAGUAUUUGUUUGUUUAUGUAUUCACGGGGGUAUUUGUUACUCGUAGUUUAUUUCUUA